GCAGAGCAGCCUCGGGCGGGAGACGAUGCCUCGAUUGCCCGGCAGAGCGGGGCUCCUCCUCGGCGUCGUGCUGCUGACGGCGCUGCUGGCCGAGGGCCGAGGGCUCCCCCUGAGGACGCCGCGGGGCCCCGCGCCCCGGCCUCGGAGCCGCGCGAGGCUGGCGGAGGUCUUGGCCUCCCCAGAUACCAGCUCUCCUAGAGAAGAGGAGGGGACACCACUGCUCCCCAGAACCCACCUCCAGGCAGGGCCACACCAGCACAGGCGCCGGGCUCUCCCUGAGCCAGCAGCCCUGGCCCCCAACAAGGCAGCCCCUCCCGGGACCCUGGAAGACACUCCCUUGCUGCUGGAGCUGCAGAAGCUGCCAGGAUUGGCCAACACAGACUUGAGUGCCCCAAACCCCAAUAUCCAGGUGACCAUCGAGGUGGCGGAGGACCCCCAGGCCGAGGUGGAGAUGGACCUGUUGGCCGAGCCCAGCAAUCGCUGGCCCCAGGGUGCCCCCAGCUGGCUGCCGGCCAAGAAGCUCUUUUGGCCCCUCUUCUGGGGCUACCUGGAGGGUGAGGAAGGGGGAACCGGUCUCAAGGGCAGAGCCCCAGGGGAACAGGAGGAGGAGGAGGAGGAGGAGGAGGAGGAGGACUACCCUGCAGAGUACAGUGAGAACAAGGACCAGGAGGGCAACGAUGACGAAGAGGAGGAGGAGGAGGAGCCUGAGGUCAGUGGGGCCGCAGGCAGCUGGGAGCAGGGCUGGCUGGCCCCUGGGGACUGGGCCUUCAAGGACCCAGACAGCUACGGCUAUGAGCUUCAAGAGGAGUGGAGCCCCUGGUCUCCCUGCAGUGGGAGCUGCGGCAGCAGCAGCCAAUGGAGGACUCGGCCCUGUGGCUACGCCUGCGCUGCCACCGAGUCCCGUGCCUGUGACCUGCCCCCCUGUCCUGGCACCAAGGACGAGGACCCUUUGGGCUUCCCCAGUGAGGGGUGGAAGCUCCUGGCCCACAAUGCUACGGAUAUGCUUGGCCCAGAUGUGGACAGCUGUGAGAAGUGGCUGAACUGCAAGAGUGACUCCCUAGCCGAGUACGUGAGCCGGGUGCUGCGGGACCUGCCCAGCUGCCCGUGUGCAUACCCGCUGGAGGCCGUGUACAGUGCCGUGAGCCUGCGGGACGAGCACCAGGGCCGCAGCUUCCGGUGGAGGGAUGCCAGUGGCCCGCGGGAGCGCCUGGACGUCUACCAGCCCACGGCCCGCUUCUGCCUGCGCUCCCUGCUGUCCGUGGAAAGCAGCACCCUGGCCGCCCAGCACUGCUGCUACGACGCGGGCAGCCGGCUGCUGACCCGGGGCAAGGGCGCUGGCGCCCCCGACCUCGUCAGCACCGACUUCUCGCCUGAGCUGCACUUCAAGGUGGACAUGCUGCCCUGGAUCCUGUGUAAGGGGGACUGGAGUCGCUACCACGCUGUGCGGCCCCCCAACAACGGCCGGGCCUGCGCCGACAACCCUCCGGAGGAGGAGUACCUGGCCCAGUUGCAGGAGGCCAAGGAGUACUAAUGAGGGUGCUGCUUUGCUAGAACUUUCCUUGCAGGCUCCUCACUCCGCCCCUGCCCAGACUGGGUGAGCACAAGGGCUCCCCUUGUGAGGCUGGUCUGGGGCCUGUGGGCUGGAGGCAGGUCAGCACCCCAGGUAUCUGUGGGGUUGGGGAGAAGGUUGAAGGGUAUAUAGAGCCCAGGGUGAGGGGAGGGAGCUC